AUGGUGUGCGCCAAGUGCGAGAAACUCUUGUCUAAAGCGGCAACACCGGAUCCCUAUCGCAAUCGUAAUGCCGCUGGAAUGCUGAAAGGUUCUGGUCCUUCGGCUCUCAGCAAGACCGGCCGAAGUCCCUCCGUCGUAGGUGCCAGCCGCAAAGUCGGCGAAAACAAGCUUCUAUCAAAAUCCAAUCGGUUUUCUCCGCUAGGCGUGCAGUGCAAACUGUGCAAGCAACGUGUCACGCAAGAGAAAGCACAGUACUGCCAAGCCUGUGCCUACAAAAAAGGACUAUGUGCUAUAUGUGGAAAACAGAUCUUGGACACCUCCCGCUACAAGCAGUCUUCGUAG